UUGGCCUCGAACUCAGAGAUCCUCCUGCCUCUCUGCUCCCUGGGUUCUAGGAUUAAAAGCAUGUGCCCCCACUGUCCAGCUGAUACUGUGAUGUUGGCUUUUAAUAGGAAAACUAUGUGAUGCUGGGGUGUGGCCCUAGCCAGGCACGCUUGGGUUCAUAUCCCAGCUCUGCUAGUUAUGGGACCGGAAGCCAUCACCUCCGUGACCCUGGCUUUCUCAUCUGCAAGAGAGAGAACAACAGGGAUGCUCUGAGGAUACAAACAGCUCCUAGACUAAUGCUUUUAGAAUAGAAUCCAGCAAACUAGCAUACUAUUUUAUUUGUAUGGUCCAGAGCAAAAGGAUAUUACAGCUGGUAACAAUAGUGAUUAUCAUGUGCCCAGUGCACAGUGAUCCAUCACAAAUGUUAGCUUUUAUCACCAUCAAAAAUAUCCACAGAAUGAUAGCACACACCUGUGGCACUGAGGAGGCUGGGGUAGGAGGAUUGCCACAAGUUUGAGACCACCCCGGACUACACAGUAAGUCCAGGCCAAUUCAGGCUACAUCAUGAGACCUUGUGUCAAAAACCCAAGACAACAACCAAAGCCUGACCACAGAGAAAUUGUCUUUCUUAUUUUUCUCGUCCUCCUUCUUCAUUUCUGAUUUUUUUCCAUUUAUUUAUUUACUUAAUGUAUGUGACUACACGUCGCUGUCUUCAGACACACCAAAAGAGGGCAUCAGAUCCCAUUACAGAUGGUUGUGAGCCACCAUGUGGUUGCUGGGAAUUGAACUCAGGACCUCUGGAAGAGCAAUCAGUGCUCUUUACCACUGAGCCACCUCUCCAGCCCUUCAUCUUUGAUUUUUUUUUUUUUCGGAGCUGGGGACCGAACCCAGGGCCUUGCGGUUGCUAGGCAAGCACUCUACCACUGAGCCAAAUCCCCAACCCCUCAUCUUUGAUUUUUAAAACAGAGUUUCUCUGUGUAGCUGAAGCACACAUCUACCAACUCUGCUCUGCCUGCCAGGUGCUGGGAUUAAAGGUGUGUGCUGUCAUGCCUGGCAUUACAGAGAACAGAGUUUGUAAUUCCUUUGUCCCCAUGACAACCCUGUAGUGACCAGAUUUUUGUUGUUAGUUGUUGGUGGUGGUGUUUUGUGUUUGUUUUUGGAGACAGGGUUUCUCAGUGUAACCUGCCCUGGCUGUCCUGGAUUUGCUCUGUAGAUCAGACUGACCUUGAGCUCACAGAGACCAUCUGCCUCUGCCUCUAGAAUGCUGGGACUAAAGGUGUGUUCCACCAUACCCGGCUUGUUUUUGUUAUUUUGGAGAGAAGGUCUCUUGUGUAAUCUAGCCUAGCCUCAAACUCCCUCUAUAGAUAAGAAUAUCCUUGAAUUUUGGAUCCUUCUGCCUCUAUGUUCCAAGUGCUGGGCUCACAUUUGUGCACCAGCUGGCCCAGUUCAUAUAAGGAAUGAACGAACUCAUUGAGCUCGGGGCUUUCUGCAUGCUAGAGAAGCACUCUAUCAACCGAGAGACAUGCCCCGGCCUUUCUGAUGUUUCCUUAAGCAAACAUAAGCAAACGGGAACAGAUAAGCCCAUAUUUUUGUUCCAGUAUAACUCAUCCUGCUGUGUGCCCUUCAGUAGCUCACACGGCCUCUAGGCUGCUCCGUGCAAGACCGCAGAAUGCCAGACUCCAGGCGUCUAUCUGACAGUCACACAGGGGUUCUGCCAUGUGGUCUCCACCAGCCGUAUCAUGGUGCUGUGAGCUGGCCCUGGCCUCGCCUGGGACAGUGCACCUGUAGGAUGGACUGACCCACCAAAGAGCUGAUGCAAGUGCUAUGCAGUUCUUCCCACCCAGAAAAUGUCCAGAACAGCAUUGCCAAACAUGGCAGGCCAGCGCCGCGGUUCCCCUGUGACCACUCUGCUUGCUAAACAUUUUAUUUUUGAGGCAACUGGCCCCUGGGAUGUGGGGGCUGAGGUUCUGGCUGUACCUUUCCUUCCUUCUUGGCUUUUCCCUACCCACUCCAUCUAUGCUCCUAAAGAUGUGAGUCAGCCUCCUUCCCAAGCCCACUUUACCCCAUGAGCAUGGGAGGCUGUGGACCAGGAAAGGCCUGCGUUCUGGAGACCCGCACAUCCCAACUGCUGGACAAACCUUUCCUUGCCCAGCUGUCAGGCCUGGCCCUGUUUGCGGAGACAGUGUGGGUGACGGCUGACCAGUACCGUGUGUACCCACUGAUGGGCGUCUCAGGCAAGGACGACGUCUUCGCCGGUGCCUGGAUCGCCAUCUUCUGCGGCUUCUCCUUCUUCGUGGUGGCCAGCUUUGGUGUAGGAGCUGCGCUCUGUCGUCGUCGGUACAUGAUCCUCACGUAUCUGCUGCUGAUGCUUAUAGUCUACAUCUUCGAGUGUGCCUCCUGCAUCACAUCCUACACCCACCGCGACUACAUGGUGUCCAACCCAUCCCUGAUAACCAAGCAAAUGUUGACCUUCUACAGUGCGGACACCGACCAGGGCCAAGAGCUAACCCGCCUCUGGGACCGGAUCAUGAUUGAGCAAGAGUGCUGCGGCACAUCUGGCCCCAUGGACUGGGUGAAUUACACAUCAGCCUUCAGGGCAGCCACCCCGGAAGUGGUGUUCCCGUGGCCCCCACUGUGCUGUCGCCGGACUGGGAACUUUAUUCCCAUCAAUGAAGAUGGCUGCCGAGUAGGCCACAUGGACUACCUGUUUACCAAGGGUUGCUUCGAACACAUCAGCCAUGCCAUUGACAGCUACACGUGGGGCAUAUCGUGGUUUGGCUUUGCAAUCUUGAUGUGGACUGUGAGAGAUGGGGCACCUGUGGGCUGUGGGGGAGAGAGCUGUGGGUGUCCUGGGGGUGUGGGUGUGGAUUUGGGGGAAGAUGGGGGUUUUGGCCUAGAGUGCCCAAUCUAAUCAUUUGCCCUCCCAGCUCCCUGUGAUGAUGAUAGCCAUGUAUUUCUACACCAUUCUCUGAGGAGGAAGGGGGACCACAGAUGCACGCAGCUCUGCCCAAAGCUCCUGCUUCUCUGCGGCCCUUGGACACCAUCAACCUCCUCCCCAGACCACCUCCGUGUACCUCGGCUACAACCCACCCCAUCCACCUCCCUCCAUUUUCCCUCCUUGCGAUCCAAACAUCCCUUUCUAGAUGUAGGAGCUGCCCUGGACCCUCGCUGUGCCCGUGGCCCUGGAUUUGUGUGCCUGGACCCUCUCGACCCUGUGUCACUUGGCUGAUCUGCUGACAACAGCAUAGCCUGUCCUCAGAAGCCCUUCGCUGCUCCUCACAACCCAGCAUGCACCUCUCUGUGGCUUCCAGAACUUCUUGCAGGCGUAGCCACUGUUACUCAGUAGUUUGUGUAAGCUCUUAUAGAUGCUGCCUGUUGUAAGAAGAGGGUGACACACUCUGCUGUGGGGGGUCCCCAUCGGCACCCUCACAGGCCUCUGAGCAAGCGCUGGAUUUCCAAUAAAUACUGGCUGGGUGAGCA